AUGUAUACUUGGUGUAAGAAUUUUCCAGCUACUUUGAAAGGAGUAGAGCAAAAAUGGUUUAAUAAUCUCCCUCCUAACUCCGUGAACAACUUGACAAAGCUUAGUAUUAUGUUCACUGGUCAUUUCGUAGCAAACCGGCAGGAACAGAAAACCAGCAUGCACUUGGGGAAGGUCAUCCAAGGACCAAAGGAAGCUUUAAGAAGUUUUGUGAAGAGGUUUAACCUAGAAGCAUUGCGGAUUCAGGAUCUGAACGUGGGAGUGGCUUUUGACGCCUUCAUCAGGGGUCUAAGGCCAGGAAGUUUCAAAUUUGAGCUGGCGAAAAAGAAGAUUACCACUUUGACCGAAGCUCUUCGGGAGGCAGAUGCAUUUGUCCAUGCUACGAAAGUAUGUGCAGAAGCAAAGCAUCCUGAAACGAAAAAGCUGAAGAAGCAGUUCAGCCAAAAAAGAGCAAUCCCAAGAAAGUUGAAACUUGGGCAUUGA